GGUACUUUGGGGACGACAUCCUGUGUCACUUCUGUGCCAGUAUGAUCAGUGGUCUGGUUACAACAGCAGCGUCCAUGCCUGUUGACAUCGUCAAGACCAGGACGUGUUGGUGCGAGUGGUGGGGAAGGAGGGCUUCUUCUCUCUGUGGAAGGGCUUCACACCAUACUACGCUCGCCUUGGCCCUCACACCGUCCUCACCUUCAUCUUCCUCGAGCAGAUGAACCGCCUCUACAAGACCUACGUGUUGGACCGCUGACACACACACUGUAACACACACCAACACGCACUGUAACACACACACACCAACACAAACUGUAACACACAGUUUUUGUAAAAGAUGUAAAAUAGCUUCAAUCCAGGUGUUGUUUUGAUUCCUGCUGUUAAUAAAGUCUUAUUGUAGGACUGACUCCGCCCCAUCAUGUUCUCACCUGGUUACCAUGGUAACAGACUGAUAAUAAACAGUUUGUAAUCUUA